UUGUUUUUCUAAUUUGCUAUUUAGUGUCCAAAUUCUUUUCUCUUUGUAUCGAUCUGCACUAAUCAUUAAUAGUAGGUUUUAAAGAUUAUUCUUGCUAUCAUGUACUCAAUCUUGUUGUGCAAAUCAACCCUCUCCUUUCUACAAACAUCCAACCAACCAGGUUUUUUUCCAAAACGGUUUGCUGGUAGGGCGUUUUCUCUGCAAAGAGCCCCUAUCUCUUUCCCCCAUCUACAUUGGAUUGCAGGGUAUAUCUUCUUGUUGAAUCGAUCUAUGCAUUGCAAGGUAAAUGUGGUUUCAUUCAGAUUAUCCCCCCUUCUCAUUUUCUUAAAUCUUCUGCAAGUCGAUUUGAUUGUUCUUUUUCUAAAAGUGAGUGUUACUGACAUGUUUUACAAAGAGUGCAAAUUGCACCUUUCCCAUUUCCUUUGCACGGGCGAAUUGCAAUAUAUGUUUUGUUUUUCAACUUGUUUGCCAAUUCUUUUCCUUGAGCUGUUUUGGCUCAUGCUGAUUUGCAGGCAAGACUAGUUUGGAAACAAGGUCGACUUCUAUAAGAGCAGCUCGCCCACUUCUCAUCCUCAUUUUCUUUCCAACGCUUGAGUCAAUCUAUUUGAAUUUCAUUACAAGCUUAGACUCGAAGUUGACUUAGUCAAUAUCUCUCGUUUGAUACUCAAAUCUAGAUUUGUGUGGUUAUAAGACCAAAUCGACCCCUUUAUUUAUACACUAUAACAUAUCUAUAAUUCUGCUCGUAAAAUAUUGCUUUUAAAUGAAAACACAAAUUAUUGCCUUGGUCGUUUUUAAUUCAUUCCUCCUGCCACCAUUAUUUAUUUGGUCAAUAGGACUAGUUUCUACAAAAAACAAACCAAUUGGCUGGGUUUAUAUGUAUAUUUCAAUAAUAUCUUAUUAUUUUAGUAAUAAUAUACUUCUAAGCAAUCAUUCAAUCGAAUAUAUAUAUAUAUAAAAGGUGUUUUUCAAUUGAAUGGAAUCUAAAUCCUAUAAAUGAGUAUAAUUAUAAGAGGAUUAACAAACAUGAUACAAAUAAACAUUAAUUAUAAAUUUAAAGAAAAACAUAAAUACCUCGGAGGGGUAAUUUUUAUCUUUGUCUAUGAGGGAUUUAUAAUGGAUAGGGUGCUUGAUUAUGGGUCAAACGGGGAAGGGUGUUUACACCUACCCCAAAAGGGUUUAAACUUGGCCAAGUUAUUAUUUUUCUCCUUGCCAUAUCACAUGUAGAUAAGUUCAACACAUUGUUGUUAGAUGCUACAUGCGCGCAUAGGUCCAUUCCCAAAAGUUGAUGCCGACUUGCUAGGACACUCCAUCAUGAGGGAUGGGAGCUUGUCAUGAACACCGGGAAGCGCAAGCUUCAAUUGGUUGGGCAGAUAAAUCACCUGGGUUAUUUGUCUAUCUUCCAUAUUGCAAAUGGAGGUGAGUUCGAUGGCAAGGAAGAUACUACAUCUAGAGACAUGAUAUUAUGUAUAUCAUUGUAAUAUCUUAUGUAAUAUUAUAUGAUAUAUUAACAAUUUCUUGUAAUAGACCAAUGUGGUCUCAUAAUCAAGUUGUGUAAGAUAUGUAAAAGGGGUCUAUAAGGCCUACUAUAAAAAAUGUGAUAGGAAGUCGCCAAGAAGAUGUAACUAGUUCAAAAGUAAGGAAAACUACUAACCACUAACCACUAACAUGUGUCCUAAUUAUGUAUGAUUUGUGGUAUGUGUGUUUUCAUGCUUAGUCUUCUUUUUGUUUAAUUUUGAUGCAUACUUUAAGUUCGCAUUUAUUAUACACAUGAACAAUUACAUAAGCGUUUCUCUUUAUUGAGUUUCUUCGAAAGCGCGAUGCUUGGAUUAGAUGCUUGUCGUAUUUUAUAGUUUUUCAUAUACUUUAACAUGUGGUUAUCUUUAUUUUAACUUGUACGCAUUUAUCUAAGUUGUUAUUUCUUAUUCAUAACUUAUCGAUCUUACUUUAUAUCAUUCUUUUCUAUGAAUGCAGUCAUAUUAAUGGCAAUUGUUAUUCGUAUGGUUAAAUGCAUAAUAGAUAACCAAAAUCUUGCAUUUAUGUAAAUGGAAAUUUACUUGGGAAUCGAUUCUGUUAGUUUUUGUAAAGUUAGGACAAGCGGGUUCCUACAAUUUGAAUGUCUGGACUGAUUCAUCCCCCCCUUAAUCUUGUAGUGUGUUCAAUAAUGAGAACAAGAGAAGCUUAAAAGAUUUACAUAUAAAAAUAUAUUAGGGAGGAGAUAUAUGUAUGGGAAACAUGUCAUUGUUGUUAGUAAAUUUGAAAGUCUAAUUAAAAUAAAUAGAGAAUCUUUUAAUCAUCACGAUGAUUAUCCUUUUGCUAUGUGUAGAGAUCAAUUAAUGUGCGAAGGAUUGAAGCUCGAUUUUUUGGUUGAUUGUAUAUAUAUACACACAUUAAUGCCUCCAUUAAUAUGACUGUGCGAAGGAUUGAAGCUCGAUUUUUUGGUUGAUUGUAUAUAUAUACACACAUUAAUGCCUCCAUUAAUAUGACUCAUAAUAAUGCUAAAUAAAUUACUUAUAAUUUCAUAUAGUUUGAGAAAACUUUUGUUUGUCUUUGAUGCAAUCAACAUUACCUUCCUAAAUGACCAACUAAAUGACUAAAAGGGAACAAAGACUUCAUAUAUUCUUGUCACCAUUUCAAAUCAUUUUAACAAUUGUUUGAGUUGUGCAAAAACCAACCAAAUAGUUUAAAAGAUCAUAUUCAUAAAGAAAUUAUUAAGAUCUCAUAUAUUGUAGUAAUCUUAUCAUCUAACAAUAACAAUAAACAAGUUAUGAAUACUAUUAAUCAUUAAAACUAAAAAAUGUAAAAAUAUUAUUAAAAGUGUAUGCCUUACUAACCCUUAAUUCAUACCUUCGAUUUCCUUAUUAACUCUUAUCGUUAUUAACCCAUAACCCACACCUCCUAUUUCUUUACUAAUACCUCCUUUUUCCUUACUUAACCCUUAGUCCACCUUAGUCCAUACCUCCUUGUCUUUUUAUUUAUCUCUCUUAUAUGAUAUACUAUAACUUAUCUCUCUUAUAUGAUAUACUAUAACUUUUGAAAUCUUUUGGAUUUGAAAGAGAGGUCAAAACUCCCGUGUAACUCCAAGAUAGGUCAUCUAUCACCAAAUUGAUUUGAAAGAGAGGUGAAAACUCCAAGAUUGACCAUAGUUGUGUAACUCCAAGAUAGGCCAUCUUCCUGCAAUAUCUUGUGUGUGAAUAUGAGUUUUCCCUUUACGAAACGAAGGACAUGUAAAAUUUUAUGCAGCUAUUAAAAGAAAAGCUAGGAAACACCAUGCCCCUACGCAAUUAUUGAUCAUCCCGUGCUUUUCUAGGGAAGCUUAAAAGUCCUUAAUCUGAUAACAUAGAGGGGUGAUGUUUCAAGAUUCAAUGCCGGCCAUUUUACUAAAUUUGCUCGCCCAAGGCAACACUUUUCAGCUCCUCCUUGAUUUGGCAUAGAAGGCAUCAUGCACAUCUAAUCAUUAUUCUAAUUUCCACCGUCUGGAGAAUUUUUAGCAAGCGUUUUCUAAAAAUAAAAUAGUAAUUUGCAUCGUGCUUUUCUUAAUCUCAAUGCCACGCAUCCAUUGCCACACCUCCCAAAUUUCGCAGGUUAGUGUAUGUUUCUGACAGCUGAGAGUCCAUGCAGGGAAAAUCAACAAAAUCUAUGAAAAAAACAUCAACAGCUUCCUAUGUAACACUACAUGCAGCGAUAGUAGACUUUGUUUUUGUUUCUUGUAGUAAAUUGAAGCUGUUGGGAAGAUGUCAAGUAAUCCAUGGCUGAGUAAUAGUAGGUGGAUGAAGAGCAAUAAAGAUUUGGAGGAGAAGUCUGAAUCUGAAACUGGAAUGAGCAACAGUCAGAAUGGGGAUUGUGCGUUGGCAGAUGGGAAGGAGAUGACAUGUCUGAGAGAGAUGAAGAGUCUGAGGGAUGAGUUGCAGGGGUGGAAGAACAAGUGUGUCAAGAUGGAAGAAGAGUUCAGGACAGAGAGGGGCAAGUUGAAAAGGGUGUUGAUCCUUAAGCAGACUGAAUUGAAUAAAAUGAAGGGUCAGCUGGGUAAAAUGGCCGAGGAAUUGGAGAAGACCCAAUUGGAAAAGGAUAGGUUGGCUGGUAAGUGUGUCAAGAUGGAAGAAGAGUUCAGGACAGAGAGGGACAAGUUGAAAAGGGUGUUGAUCCUCAAGCAGACUGAAUUGAAUAAAAUGAAGGGUCAGCUGGGUAAAAUGGCUGAGGAAUUGGAGAAGACCCAAUUGGAAAAGGAUAGUUUGGCUGCUAAGUCUAAUAGGAUGGAUAAGCUGAUUGAAGAGUUGGCGAAGUUGGGCAUGACUCGCUUGGUGGGUGAGCUCGAUAGAGACAAGCACACGCUCUCUGUUGAUGAAAACAACAUAAAUUCCCAAGACUGCAGUGUUUCCGACAGUAAGGACACUGGCAGAUUGGUGGAUGUUGGGAUGGCUGUUAAGGGGAAAUUGGGGGAGAUGAAACCCUUAUCGGAAGUUGGUCUCAUGGGUGUCAGCAAGAAGGAUAAUAUUUCCCAAUGCCAAGCUGGUGUCAGUAAGAAAGAUGAGGUCUUGCAAUGUGAAGUUGGUUCCAUGAGUCUUGGUAAGAAUGAGAAGAUUUCCCAGUGCCAAGCUGGUCUCACUAAGAAAGAUAAGAACUCGCAAUCUGAAUUUGGUCAUGUGAAUUGCAAUAAGAACGAUAAAAUUUCCCAAUGUGGAGUUGGUCGCAUGAAUUCAUGUAAGAAAGAUAAGAUUUCUCAAUGCCAAGGUGGUCUCAUGAAUCUCGGAAAGAAAGAGGGAAUGAUGGACAUGCGGAUGGAAGUCAAGGAAAAUUUGGGGGAGAUAAAGCCUCAUUCGGAAAUAAUGCUUACUGGUGUCGGCGAAAAAGAUAAGAUUACAGGAGGUGAUAACAUCUUGGAAGAUAGCCAGAGAAGACCACACUGCAUCAUUACAACUCAAUUGGAUAAUAGAGCAGGAAAAGGGAUGCUCAAACGAGUAUUUGAGGAUUUUGACAAAUGGAUGGGUGCGGAUAAAGAGAAGGAAGUAAGGGAGGCGAGUCCCCAGGCCAAAUGUUGUAAAAUGGAUAAGAUUCAGCCAUCUGAUGACAUUUUGGAAGCCGUGAUUACCAAGGAGGCCAAGGGUGAAGAAGAUGCAGAAUUACAAGAGGUACACGAGGAGAUGGAGGUUCAGGUGAGGUGCAAGCGGUCGGAUGGGAAACAAUGGAGGUGCAGUUACUCUGCAUUGCCAGGACGCACUCUGUGCCAAAAGCACUUUUCUCAUGCCCAACAAAAAUCAUGCAAGAACAGAAGAGCAGGGUUCGAGUGGGGCAAUGCUAAGAAGCAUAGGGACAUUUCUACUAUCACCGAGUGUAAACGGUCAUUGACCAUUGUUACCAGACAGCAGCAGGAGAAUAAGGAAAAAUGCAGGUCUGAUGAUGAGGAAGAAGAUAUUUCUGAUUCGUCGGAGGACGAGCCUCCCAAGAAGAAGAGGAAUUCAAGGGUCAUGGAUGAGGAAGAGAAGGAUCCUGAUUACAACCCUGCCAUGAGGAGGAAGCAAAAAUAUGACAAAUUGGAGUCUUCUCCUAUAGGGUCUGUGGCAUUGAAUGCAGGGCAUGAGAAUUUAAAAAAAGGAACAUGUUCUAACGACCGUUUGACACCAGGCAGAGACAGGUGGGAACAGAUAGAUCUGGUGAGUAGAGAUGGGCAGAUGAAGCUGUCUACCCAAGUCCUUUUUGCUUCAUUUGAUCAGAGAAGCGAAAGGGCUGCAGGGGAGAGCGCCUGUUCUGCUUUGGUGGCUGUCAUUGCUGACUGGUUGCACAAUAACAGAAAUUCAAUGCUAACUAAACCUCUGUUUGAUGCUUUGAUACAAAAAGGAUCCUUACAGUGGAGGAACCUUUGUCAAAUUCAGGCUUACAAACAAAGAUUUCCGGACGGGCAUUUUGAUCUUGAGACUGUGUUAGAGGCAAAUGUAUGUUCCCUUUCUCUUGCACCAGACAAGUCUUUUGUGGCUUUCUUUCAGCCUGAAAAAAUAGGAGAUUCCUUUGAAUUUCUGCAAGAGUCUACGUCUUUUGACAAAAUUUGGGAAGAAAUUAUUAACGGAACUUAUGCUAGAGAAGAAGGGACUGAUGGACCACAGAUUUAUAUUGUUACCUGGAAUGACCAUUUUUUUCUUCUCAAGGUCGAAAAAGGAGUAUGCUAUAUAAUUGAUACAUUGGGAGAAAGAUUGUUUGAGGGAUGCAAGCAAGCCUAUAUUUUGAAGUUUGAUAAGAACACAACUGUAUAUCAGAUGGGAGAAGAAGAAAAGAGUAGUACCACAAGUCAAUCUGCAUCGACAGAAAUUUCAAAAUAUAAUGAGAAUGAGCUGCAACAUGAAAGUGCUAAAAUGCUGGGAAAUACAGGUUCAAUUGAGAUUGUAGAGAGCAAUAAUGUUAAAGGAAAACUGAUUUGUAAAGGAAGGGAAUCUUGCAAAGAGUUUAUCAAGGGAUUUUGGGCAGCUCUUACAUUAAGAGAGUUAGAGAUUGAUAUAAAAAUGGGCCUCUUGGGAAGGAUCCAUCCGUAUCAACGGUUGCAGAUUGAGUUUCAUUUUACUUGUUUGACAUCCUUGGAAUGUAUCGCAGACUAGUGGGCAACUGUGGUUUAGUUGUUUAUACUAGAGAGAUCGAUGUCCUAAAGUUGUUACUCACAAAUGAUGUAUUGUCCGGCGAAACCCAGCAACCAGAUGAUCCUUACCAAGUGACUCAAAUUUUUGUAUAGGGAUAGGGUAUCAAGACUCAAUACAUUCCAUGGAAGCUGACCAUUUUAUCCACGCCUCUAUGACACACUGAUUUGGAAUUUCCCAAGGCAUUUCGAAAGGUUGUAUUCGUGGUCAGGUGUGAAUGCUUAUCUUGUCUAAGGUUUUCAACAUUCCAUAUUUCAGUGGACUGUUUAUACGGCAUUGGCUCACACUGUGCACAUCUAUUUAAUUUUGAAGUGAUGAUAGUUUUGGAGGGAUUUCCGUGCAUCAGAUUUCUUUUUGAAUUUGGAUAAUGGUCAGGGAAUCAUAUUAUUGGCAGUGGUUGAUGCUUCUAGGCCUGAUGCUCAGAUAGAUGAGCUUAUUCAUUUUGAUACCAGACAUAUUGCAAUAGUAUCUGAAACUGAGGGCCCAAAGAACAUUGUCAAAGGCGAAUACUAAGAAAGAGUAGUGGAGUUGGAAGGCAAUUUUCGUUGCUUCCAAAAGGUUUCCAAAGGUAUGUAUUAAUGGGUAUUAUUUAAGAGGCAUUCAAAAGGUAGUUGUAUGGUUUGUCUUGUCUCCUAGGAUGUUUAACAAAAUGAGUGGAUACAGAGAAAUAGAUGGAUUAAGGUUGCCCCCAAAAAAUUGGGAACAUGAGAAGAAAGAUUUGGAUGGAGCAAAGUAAUAAAUGAAAUUAACUAGAAUGCAUGCCUAAAUAAAGGAAAGAUAUAAAGACAUUUAUCAUGGAUAAAGUUUACGAUUAUACAAUGAGUUUAAACAAUUUAUGUGAUCACUAU